AUCUAGACCAAGACAUGGACAUUCCCUCUAUCUCUUCUCCUUCUUCAACUCAAGCAGCCUCCACAUUCCUAGGAUCUCUUCCCGAUCCUAAUGCAAUGACCAGAAAAUCAGUGCUGGCCAUUGUGAAAGGAAAAUUCACAUCUUGCACAAAACAUCUUCAGAGAACAAUAAUACAAAACGAAAGGACGAGGAAAUUUAUUCGAAAAUCGAAAGAAUUUAUUGAAUUUGCUGGCGAAUUUUCAAGAAAGGACUUGUUGGAGAUUGUGUGGAAAAAGUGGAAAUUGGCAGUUUUGUGUUUUUUAUUUGGAAUAUUAAUUGGAUUCUUCUUUUUGAGUCAUGACACAAGAGUUGAGGAGGAUUUGACAGAUGCCAGAAUGAAAAAUACUCUUUCAUUUCCUUUACCUGAUGGAUUUGAUGAAAAGAAAACGACACAGGAUAAUUUUGACCUGUUGAGACAUUUUUACUUGUCCUAUUCGAGACAUUUGUUGAAUUAUGAAGGCGGACAUUUGGAUGUUUUUGAUACAUCUGUGAAAUCAAUUAAGGAUAUUGAACCAUCACUAUUAUUUAAGAAUUUUACAUUGAAAAGUAAGCCAGUUGUUUUGAAAGAGUUUGGAAUUGGUUGGAGAGCUAAAAGAGAAUGGUACAAGGUUGACUAUUUGAAGAGUUACAAACAGGAGGAAAUGUACAGUGUAGAAAAGAACAAGAAUGGAAUUUUCCAUGAAUUGAAUAUUGAGAAUGCUAAAUUUGAAAUGAUGAAUUUCAAAAAAUUUGUGGAACAAUCAGUCAAAUACAAGUUGCUUCUCUCGGUUGACCUUUCAAAGUUACCACAUUUACAGCAUGACAUUCCAAAAUGGCCAACUGUUGUUUCAAAUGGUUUCUACACUCACAUCUCCACUCAUUCUCUCAUUACCACUGGAAAAACAACUAGAUUGUUAAAAUCGAAUAAUUACGAAACUAUUCAAUGCCAAAUCGUUGGAAAGUCUGAACUACUUUUAUUCGAUCCAUUCCAAGUUGAUUUACUUUAUCCACAUGAAAGUUAUCCUAAUCAUGUCCGAUUCAAUCCAUACAGUCCAGAUGAGAAGAAGUACCCUCUCUCUCGAUUUGCACGACCUCUCAAAACCCAAUUGAGUGAAGGUGAUUGUCUCUUUAUUCCAUCCUAUUGGUUCUAUUCAGUUCAAUCAAAUUCUGAUUUGGGAUCCAAUCAUCUCAAUCCAUCUGAUUUUAAUAUUGUUGUUGAAUAUUACUAUUCGACCAUUAGCAAUGCUCACAAAGUCUCAUAUGAAUCAAUUCUCAGAGGCCAAUAAUCAUUCUUGUAAUAUACUCUAUAUUUGGAAAUUUACCAAACCAUCCAAAUUUCCAAAAUAGACAAUUUCCAUUCCACCCCUAUAAAUUUCCAUUCAAAUUUCC